CAUUACCCACAAUCCCAUGCGACAGCUCGGGAUGUUGCGAGAUCGUUGGCAGCCAGAGAACGCUGUGGUUGCCGAGAUUGAAGCAAAAAACCCUCCGGACGCUCUUUACUCAUUUUUAGGAACGUGUCACGUUUUGAGUUUGAUUCCAAAUAGUGUAAUCGACGAGAAGCGAAGCAAGAUUUAAAAAGAACACAAAUAAAUCAGGUUUUAUCGUCAGUAGAUGUGAUCAAAUGGCUACCAGCGAGGCUACGUGCCACCGAACGUCCGCACAGCUCGACUGAGGAUGGAAAUAUUGGUCGAGAGAGGCAGUUUUCCUUCGAAGCCCCUCAACAGAGGAGGAUAACACGGAUAACCUCAAACGCGAAAUGUCAUAGCGUGCGAGGAGCUAGCAUCCGGCUAGCUGCUACCAGAGAUGGAAGAGAUGUUUUCUUCGGAUGAAACGAGCUAAAUAGCUAUAAAAGGGGAAUUACUGUACGUUACCCGGAGGAUGCUACUAUAGCCUCCCCGCUGCUGUGUAAUUCACUUACAUAACAGCUAGGCGCAACCGUGUUCGGCGUGCCAAUUUUCAUUCUACCAUCAAAAUCUCUUUCGGCGUCAUCGACACUGAUAUCCGUGUUUGGAUGCUACAAAACGACACAACGACAAAGCAUCCCUCUUAAGGCACAAAUCUAGUAUCCUGUCGUUUUUGACGCCAUGAGGAAGUUCUUCGAUUCCCGUCGGGAGUUGGUCAGCUCCGGACCUGGUUCCGGAGGAGGUGGUAGCAGCUCCGGGUCCAGCCACGCCGGGGGGAACUUCAUCGGGCGAACCUUCACCGUCGGCCGUCACCAAGUCACCGUGGAGGAGAUCAUCGCCGAAGGUGGCUUUGCGAUCGUGUUCCUGGUGAAAACAAACCAAGGCGUGCGAUGCGCCUUGAAGAGGAUGUACGUCAACAACGAGUACGACCUGCAAGUGUGCAAGUGCGAGAUUCAAAUCAUGAAGGACCUCGUGGGCCACAAGAAUAUUGUGGCUUAUCUGGACUCCAGCAUCACAGCCAUGGGGUCAAGGGACGUGUGGGAGGUCUUCAUACUGAUGGACUACUGCAAGGGCGGCCAGGUUGUUAAUUUAAUGAAUCAAAGGCUGCAGACAGGCUUCACAGAGGCCGAGGUGCUUCAGAUCUUCUGCGACACCUGCGACGCCGUGUCGCGCCUGCACCAGCGCAAGACGCCUAUCGUCCACAGAGACCUGAAGGUGGAGAACAUCCUCUUGCACGACAAAGGUCAUUACGUGCUUUGUGACUUUGGCAGCGCCACUAACAAGGCCCUGAGUCCACAGACUGAAGGUGUGGCAGCUGUGGAGGAAGAGAUUAAAAAGUACACCACCUUGUCAUAUCGUGCACCUGAGAUGGUGAACCUCUACAACAACAAGAUCAUUACCACCAAAGCAGAUAUAUGGGCGCUGGGGUGUUUGCUCUACAAGUUGUGCUUCUUCACUCUGCCCUUUGGUGAAAGCCAGGUGGCCAUUUGCGAUGGCAGUUUCACCAUUCCGGACAACUCCCGCUACUCUUAUGAUCUCCACUGCCUCAUUCGCUACAUGCUGGAGCCUGACCCAGACAAAAGGCCAGAUAUCUACCAGGUGUCCUACUUUGCUUUCAAACUGGCACAGCGGACAUGUCCUGUUCAGAACGUGAAGAAUUCUUCAAUUCCUUCCAAACUUCCUGAGCCAAUCAAAGCAAGCGAAGCUGCUGCAGCCAAGAAGAGUCAAGCCAAGCCCCGACUGACAGACCCGAUCCCAACCACCGAAACUUCCAUCACCCCUCGCCAGAGGCCCAAGGCUGCUCAUACUCAAGCCGCCGCUGGAAUUCUUCCCAUUCAGCCCGCUGCCCUCACGCCUCGCAAGCGGGCUAAUCUCCCCGCUGGGGCAGCUCACCCUGUUGGAGUCAGCUUGAAUCUCUCGCAGCCAGCUGCGGCCCUCCAGUCACAGAAGGUGCAAACUUGUGCUUUGCCUCUGGUCCAGUCACAAAACAACUCCAGCCAAGCCGUAGCGGCACAGAAGCAGCCUGCUUCAGCGGCAGACGUUGUAGCACCCGUUUCCAAGGCAGAUGUCCAGCCGCAAGCCCAAGCGCAGCCAUCCACAGCCCAGCAAACGGCUCCGCCUCCGUCCGUGGCCACCGUCGCCUCACAACAAGCGCCGCAAUGUCCGUCCAGCCCGGCGGCACCUCAGCGUCCCGCUCGACGCAAGCUGCCCGCUCAGGCUCAGACGCCCGCAGCUCAGCCGACGCUCAACAAACCGCCGGACGAGCAACCGCAGCAAACGAGUCAGCCGUCAGUCGUCCAAACUCAGGCGGCUGCCACGGAAGUUGCAGCUGAGACGACUCCACCCGCUUCCCCGAAGACAACGGAGGUGCAAAGCCACAAACGUGUCCCAAGUGACGUCACGGCGAGCACCACCAAUGGAGCCAACGAAGACUCCUCACAGGCAGCAGAGGAAGACAUUGUCCAGCCUCAAGUUGACGCCGUCCAGCCUCAUGGCGAUCUCGUCCAGGACCAAAACAAAGUCCCCGCCUCCAGCGGUGACAUCACCUCGCCGCCCACAUGGAACCCGUUCGACGACAAUGAUAGCUUCUCAGGCUUCAUCGCCGAGGAAAUCAAACCCAAGGAUGCAAAGCUUUCGGACCCGCCCUCAGAGUGUGAAACGCCGUGCGGAGAGCUGAUACCGGGCUUGCAGGCCUCACACGAGGAAAAUACAGAACAAGACUCACAAGCUGAACGACCGUCAGCCAUUGUUGACACUGAUUCAGGAGCGUCACUGUUGAUCGUCCCAGAUCCAUUCCAUACCCUUGAGCUGUCUAACGCACCAGAGAAGCUUAUUGAAGGACUCAAAUCUCCAGACGUGUCUUCACUCAUGCUUCCCGACCUGCUGUCUUUGUCUGAUCCUUUUGGCAGUUCUGUGGACGACUCUGCAAAAGAUCACAUCACUGCAGACGCCUCUCUGCUGGGCUGUUCUCUGAUCUCCGGUGCAUCCGCACCUCCAGCUGCCGUAAGCAGCGCCGCCUCCUCGGUGUCCUCCACCUCCGCUGUGUCUGCUUUAGACGAGUUUGGUCUGCUGUCUGGAGAAUCUGCACAGCCCAAAACAGCAGAUUCGUCUCUCCUCAUCUCUGACUUUGAGCCCCAGCAAAGUGGCGCCGAGGCGGCCACAGAGGACGAGUUUGACCCCAUCCCCGUAACCGGACGGAAGAACUCCCAAGUUUCAGGAGGCCACUCGCGCAGUAACAGUGGCGGCUCUGAAUCCAGCCUGCCCAGCUUGGCCCGCUCCCUUCUGCUGGUGGACCAGCUCAUCGACUUGUAGGCCGUAGCCCCCCCCUUUCCCGCUCCGUAGAUGUCGUAACACUGGAUUCGAGUCAUGCCAUAGCUCACUUACGACUUCCAUCUUUUUCUCGUGCGUGCUGCAUCCCCCUCCGCAUCCUUGCCCAGCUCCUUCAUUGGCAUCACCAUCUCACCAAUCUCUCAUCUUCCCCCCUCUCCUCCAUCUCCAACCUUCAUCCUUUCUCGAGCUUAACCUUUGAAUAUUACAUGAUGUCUGAUAGCGAAAACUAUAGCUCAUUGUCGUCGCGUACAAUAAGCCUAGUGCUAAGUGGUCGUAGUUCAUUGUGCACAAGUGAAUUUGUCGUUGUUUGCCUUGAACAGAUUCUCCCCCUCCUUCCCUGUUUGAUUUGCACAUUUUUAGAGCUUGAAAUUCAAUUUUAUUUAUUUUUUUUCUUUUUAAAGGCAUGCAUAUCCAUUACAUAUCCAUUUUCCUUUCCCCUGACUGGUGAAUGAAAGAUAAGAGACCACCUUAUUUUCACAAAGGCGAAGCAAUAAAAGUGUUCUAUUAUCAGAAGGCAACAAGUUUUACAAACAAGCCUUGUUUAGCACCUUAGCUUGUCCGUCAGGCAUCCAGACUAAAACAAAAAUUCAAAAGUUCAAAGCUUUGCAUUUGCAGCUGUCACUCAAACACAUUCCCCCAGGGAGAUAUAAUUGAGAUUUUGUCAUUGAAGCCUCCCCAAUUCACAAAAGUGAAAACCACACCAGUUGUUCUUAAGAAUUAAGAUUUCCAGUAACAAGGAAUAACUUUAUUUUAUUAAAAUAACAACUCUAAUCUUUUUUUUUUAAUUAUUUGUUCUUAAAGUUGUGAACAUUCAUUUUUCUUGGAAUUUGCCCUUAUUCUCAAAAUAUUACAACUUUAUUUUAAAAAUUGUGAGUCCUUUUAUUAUAUUAGGCCUUAUAAAAAAAUUCUAGUAAUAUGACUUUAUUCAUGUCAUAUAUGUCAUGUAAUAUUAAGAAUUUCUUCUCUUAUUUAGUGACAAAUUAUGACUUGUAACAUGUCCAUAAUUUAGUAAAUAAUUUUUUGGUAUUAAUGAUAAUUUUCCAAUUUUAUUUCUUAAUUCAUUUCCUUUGUAACCCUAAAAUUUAUGUGCAUAAGCUGCUUAUAAAUUGUAAAAUUACUAUGAAAAAAAAAUCUAGCUUUUCCUGGUGCCAUCAAAUGAUAUGUGAACAACAGUGGAAAGUGUGCAAAAAAAAAAAAAAGACUUCAAAACAAAAUCCUUACUGGCCGCUAUACUAUUCUAUGAAUAUAAUCUCCUCUUUUGAGGUAAGUAAUAGCUUGCUAGAAACUUGUCAAUGACAAUGCAGGCAAUCUAAUAGCGGUUAGCAGUGUGCCAUAUCAAUUAGAAGACGCCUGUUUCUGCAUAUGCAUUAAUAGAUAAUGAGUAGUGCAUAAAUAGUGCAAAUGUUAAUAUUCUUUGGAAAAAUCUGAUUCUCCAUAUUAGGAAAUCAAAAAAGUUAAGCAUUGUAUUGCACUAUAUAGUAUGUUUAUAACUAGAUAUAUUUUCCAGCAACAUGAUCAGGACAUUCUAAAAACAUGCCGGACGAAUAAAGCUGUAUUUAAUCACAAAACUUUAAAAUUGACCAUAAUUCCCAGUUUAUUUAGGCCAUAGGUUUUCCUAUUUUCUAGUAUAAUCCACCCAGGAUAAAUAGAUAAAAAUGCCAUUUCAACCAAUUUCACAUUUUUAAACCGAGGAGGUAAUUUACUAAUGUCACCACAAGGUUGCGCCACUAGCACUUCUAAUACAUUUAAGUAGUCAGGCGUCAUACAUGUCUAUAAAUAAGAUAUAUUUGAUUAAAGGAGACGCAUAUUGCCAUGUUUCCACAAUUUUAAAGCAAUUCCCUUCGUUACCCUGACGACUGGGGGCGGAGCUAAACAUGACCAAGUGAGCGGACUUGUUAGCGUUGCCAAUUUAGGGACUUUGUUGCUUGUAUGAAGUGACCUUGAUGACCUCUGCAGUUACUAUUCCCCCGAGAAAUUGAUUAGCAAACUUUUUGUGGUGAGGUUCUAGAAAAGAAAAGAUGGGGCGACACAGAACCACCACUUGAUAAAUAAAUGUCCCCUUGAAAGAAAAGUCAGUCUAUUCUCAAUAGAAUUAAAACAAAACAAAAUGACAAAUUCCUGCUAAUCGUCCAUGAGUAUAGGUGGGACAUUAAAUAUUCCUUCUCAUUCAUUCCCAUUUUUCUUUAACUCAUUCAACACAUUUCCGACAUUCCUCCCCAUUAGUGUAAAUACAUUAGUCAACCCUUCCCCAUGUACAUAAUGAAGUCACUGUCAUAUAGCUUUAUUGUGGAUAUAUACAUAUAUGAUAUAUGAAUUUGUUUCCUGUCCAUAAAUGUUAAUACAGAUAGAGUGUUAGAGAAUGAAUGUAAGAAUUGAAUAUUAGUCUUAAAAAUAUCUAUGACAUAUAUCCAUCAGAUGAUAUUGAAAGAAUAUAUGAAUAUUUCAUUCUUCUUUGUGGACUGUGUGUGUGUGGGGGGGGGGGGGGGGGGGAAGAAGGAGUUGUUUUUGUGUUUCUCUGAUGAUACGUGAUAUGUUAGCUGUGGGAAUCCUGUUCAGUCCUCCGAUCCUCUUCCUUUGUACAAAGCGUUUUCGUGUGUUUACAUGGACAUGAUAUGAAGGACUAUAUUUUUAUUCCAAAAAAGAAAAAAAAAAGAAAAAGAAUUUUCUUGCCAGGGGGAUUUUAUUUUGUGUGUUCGUCCUGUUUCAUUUUCUUGGCCGGACCACUCGGGGGUUGAAAAGAAUAUGUGCUUUAGUGUAAAUUUUGUUUUCGCUUUGCCAGUUUGAGUUGUUUUGGAAACGCAUGGUAGUGUCAUUGGAUGGUUGUCUUGGUGUCUUGUGUGUGUGUGUAUGAAUGUGAGCGAGUUCCCUACUUGUGUGUUUGCUCCAAAUAUGGCGAGGGUUACUCUUCUGAAAGCACAGUCUUGUCUCAGGUGGAAAGACUUUGAUGGUCAAGAACACUUGCAGGAGGAAAAUGUCUGGCAGGCAAAAGCAGCAUUGUAUUGGUUCACACCGGUGGAAGAGGGAGGGGGGCCGACUUCUUAUUGUUUAAAAUCAAUAAAUAAUCCUCUGCACUCCACAAAUGUAUGUAAAGAUAUAAACGGUGUUGUUCUGCCCCAAUCUGAACAGCAAAAACUUUGUUGCCCUCCAUUUUUUCCCCAGUCGUUUGCAGUUUGAACCUAUGCAACUCCCUAGCUUGGCGCUAAGAGCACGCAAGCGACAAGCAGGCAGUGCGAUCCACGUUGAAGCAGAAAGCCCGUCUAAAAUGUCAGCUGAUGUUUUCCUCAAGCCCUCCUUGCUUGUGUUCAUGGCCCGCAAACCCGCAUCAGUCUGAGCUGUGCUAUCUUUUCUUGUGCCCCUUCUAUUUUCUGUGACAUCAUUCGAAAGGGAUGGCCAAAUAAAAUGCAAAUGUGAACGUCA